AUAUUGACCUACGCCCAAGCACAGUUCGAACAAUGCAUACCACCAACAACUAACCGACGCUACAAAGUGUCUUCAAACAAGCAAAAUUUCACCACAAAGAAUGAAUGGUGCCAACAUUUCCCCUUCCCGCUAUCUACGAUGCCGAUUGAUAGUUUCAUACCUACUCGCACCACCCUAGCAGACCACAUUCCACCAUGCAUCGGUUGAAGCGCGAAAAAGCGGAAUCGGAAAGCAGCGACAGUACGCCUUCGUCAUUGCUGUGUGUUCGAACAAUUUCUAUAACUGAAGACCGCACCGCAAAGUCCUCGAUUAGACUGAUAAGAUAACCCAACUUGUGCCAAAACGAGAAAAAAAAGAUAUAUUACUCAAACCUGUCGCAGUACGCUGACAGAACUUCCUCAAGCGGCAUGUCCUCACCAAGUGAACCAAUCCUAACGGUCGUAAAAGCCGUCCAUGUGAACAAAUACCUCCGAUCGCCCCAGGCAAGCUCGGACCGUGCAUCGACAUCGUCAUCUUCAACGGCCACCCUGGAAGCACCGACCUCGCUAUCCGGACAGGAUACCGGCGGCGUCGGCAUCGGUGACAAACGAAAAGCCCUAAUCUACAACGAUGGUACGUUCAGUAUCACCCUGCAUCAUUACGACAGUAUUGUGGGUGAGCUGAAGUGUCCGGCCUGUGCCCAACCGUUGCAUGGUCCGAUUUUUCUGUGUCAAACUGGGCACAGUAUCUGUUCGCGUUGUGCGGCCAGGGUUAGCUGUUGUCCGCUGUGUCCGAAAAAGAUGACCGAUAUGCGGAAUUAUACGCUGGAAGCGAUCGCCGGAAAGGUUCAUUUUCCGUGCGAUCAUAGCGCGCGGGGGUGUCCGGUUAGACUGCCGCUGGAUUUGCUGUUUUGGCAUAAGGAUCGGUGCGGGUUUAAGCAAAUCGAUUGUUUUAUGGGGAAGGUGUGGGAGAACUGUCGCUGGAAGGACUGCGAAAAGGACUGGAUCGAGCAUUGUGUCACCGAGCAUCGGGAUAAGGUGUACAGUUCACCGGAUAUUGUUCUCACGUGGAACUACUCCGCCGAUAGUCAACGCUGUAUCCAACUACAGUCCGUCAUUGCGUACUACGUGAUUCGUGCUUAUGGGGAGUACUUCAACGUGUACCAGAUCUACGAUCAGAACAGUCUUAGAAGCAUUUGGACAGUGAUUUGUGCGACUAAAAAAUCGAAGAUCAGUGGUCAGUUCGCGUUUGAGCUGGAACUGUAUUCGCCGAUUGAAAGUGCUAAGCUGUUGGUGCAACGGUUCCCGUGUCAUUCCGAGUGCGAUUCGGACUUUUUGAAGGAUGGACAUUGCGCCAAGAUAUCCAUCCAGGAAGCGAUGCGGUUCAUGACGAAGGAGAAGGUACUGUACUACCGGAUCCGCAUCAUCGAGGUGACCCCAUCCCGUAGCCGCAGCCUCGUUCUGAUCAGUCAAUCACAGAAGGUCCCCACAGCCCCAUCCUCCUUUCAACUGCUUCCGGUUAACUACGCGGCCACCAAAAUCCAUCAAGCCAACAUGAAAGCCGUUUCCGAGAAGGACAUCAUCGUCCGCAACGGGAUCGACCCCACCGGAGCAAAAGCAACACAGCCGACCAAGCUGGACCGGACGGACGUUGUCCACUCGCCCGUUUCAAUCACAUCAUCCGCCUCGUCUACGAUCACCGAUUCCGAGGAUGAUUCGGAGAAGGCUGCACUGCCGGAAGUUGAUCGAGAAUUGAGCGCCGGGGCGGCUGCCACGAUUAAGGCGAAAGCCACUUCGACUCCCAUUCUGAGCCGGGUGAAUUCUUUUCCCAAGCCACCCCGGGUACAAAUCCAGAACAAUCCGACGGUACUGAACAUGGCCAAGAGCGGUUCCGAGCAGCAAUUGGUACGUUGCCGUAUCGUUGAAAAUCAGGAAAGCUUCAAGAUGAAACCGAUCUACAGCGGUAAGUCGAAAGAUUCCUCCAAUCGGACGUCCAGCGAGAGUUUGAGUAAAUCACCGAAUCGGAAACUGUCCAAAUUUUACAAUUUGACGACCUACAAGGCAGCUGCCAAGUUGUGGUCCAAAAAGGAGGUUCCCGUUCAAGGCGAUAACAGUGGUUGACCACAAAAAAGAAAUCGUUUCAUUACACGGAAUUCGGAAUGAAUUUAUUUUUAGAAUACAUACCAAACUUGUAACGUAGCAAAAGAAAUUUAUUAAUAAAGGUCCUAGUUAUGUUUCUGCC